AUGCAGCUCACCUUUCCAGACGAUAGGGUCAAAAAGUCCCACCUACCCGAUGGUGGUGAUAUAGGCUUGUGCUCUGGCUCUGGCUCCAACAACGUGGAUCCUACCCCCCAGUCCACAAAUGAACCUGUUGAGAGCCAUGCUCCUACGACCUCUUCCACCACUGUCGGAAAUAAUCCCAGCAUUGAAACCAUCACUGAACCCAUUACUUCCACCGACACUGGUGGCUCCCUUGCUGUUGGCACCAGUGAAGCCCUUGAGACCAACGAAGUUGAUGAUGAUCGCCAAGCUCGAGUAAGGGCCAAAAGGGCUCGAUACAGAGCCAGAGCCAAGGCUCGAAAGGCUAGCGAGUCUGAAGAUACUGCCAAUGGCGGUGGUGAGAUUGUUGGAGGUGCCGAAGUUGAUGCAAUUGAUAGGUCUCCGGUUGAAGGCACUAAGAAAAAGAAGAAGCGUGCGAAGCGCAGGAAGGCGUCGUCCGGCACUGACGGGAUGGAUGAGAUCAAUGUGGAGGAACUGGCCAUCAAUGAUGGUACUACUGAUGACGAAGGAGAUAUGGGCAAGAUGGAUACUCAGUCGACCUCGACCAUCGCCUCUGACGUCCGGGAAAAGAAUGAGCCUGGACUCUAUAGCCCGGACCUUCCCUUUCCUCAGCGCCUCGAGAUUUGCAUCAUGCGCUUCCGCGAGCAGGCAAAGCUUGAUCAAAAGAAAUCCAAGUUCUUCAACGAGUAUUUAUUCCUGGGAGGCGUCAACGCCCACGUCCCUCUCAGCUAUGGCAGUGACAGCAAGGCUAUGGAUGAGGGAGACGUUGUCCAGGCCCAUCUCGUCGCCUCAGAGGGCAAGCUUUACGGCUCGCCUGAUGACCUCCAGUACUAUGAUCCCAAUGACCCUGGUGACUGGUCUGUUGACUGGUAUAGAGUGGUGGCCGGCUACAUCUCCGAGGCCGUCCCUCGAAUGAUCUGGCAGACCGAGACCGAUCCAAAGGACCAAAUGCUUAUCGCCAUCGACGUUGUCGCGGACUUUUUGAAGUACGUGCUGAAGCACAAAGUUUGCGACGAAUACAGCGACGACAUCAAGAAGGCUCUCGGGCUUUGUGACGAAGGAAAGACUGACAUGGCCACGAUCUUUGACUGCACUCGAAAGCUACCCAGCUUCUUCAACGACGUUCUCCUGGGCCUCUUCGCUGGUGACGGCAACGACAAUACCCCGUUCCAGAUUAGCGAUGCGACGAAGUGCAACGAGAGGGAGCUUCUUCUGAUGGCGGCGGUCGGAGUUCACGCCCUGCCCCACGUAUACGCCAACAUGCGCAGCACCUCGGUCAUCCAAAUCACCAAUGUCCAAGAAUUCGAUCUUCAGAUCCUGGGUGUUCAUCGAUCGAAUCACCAGCAGACCAUGCUUUUCAACUCGCAUCUCAAAAUCCAUGGAAUCGACAGCGACCUUAACCUCGGAUACGUCACCGUCAAACAUGUUGUUCUCCCCAGCCUCGUGUUUGACGGAGAGCCUGCGCGAGUCCCCCGCAAGGGUGUUGACCGCAUCAUCAUGGAGGACAGUAUCCUCCAGCACUUGAAGCGGGGAUUCUUCAUCCGCGUGAGACUUGCCGAGCUCAACAUUGGCCUCAUGUUCAUGGUUGAGUGUCCCACCAUUCUUCCGUGCUUCCAGACCCUGUUGCCCCAGGUGCUUAUGCGUCGCUAUAAGCGAGGUCCUCCGCGCAAGGCCGCUCGUACCGUGAAGGAUUUCUUUGACGAGGAUUUGUACAAAAAUUAG